CAGUUAUCGCGCAUCUCUACGUCGGGGCAGACGAGAGCUUUCAGCGAAAGCUCUCAUAUAUUUCGUGGUAAUUGAACGUAAAAACUUGUGAUAUAAAAGUGAUUUAUGGAUUCUUAUUUUACGUGAAUCAGUAUAGUGAUGUGCUUGUGUGUGAAUCUGUGAUGAAAAAUUAGAAGAGAACAGCACCAUGGAGGGCAGCAUUAGUACGAGUGAGACGGACGAGGAGCGCACACCAAGACAUCCAUCAUCAACAGGAAGCACCACUUCAUCAGGGAAUGGAUUCUAUGCUCAUAAAAAUGGUGAAUGGAGGAGCGAGAGACGAAUGCUGGACAUCACGAGAGACAAACCAGUGAAGGUGUGUGUGAGGGUUGUCGUACCGGUCCGGGAUCAUCCUAAAUUUAAUUUCGUUGGCAAACUGCUGGGACCGAAAGGCAACUCAUUAAAACGUCUGCAGGAGGAUACGAUGUGCAAAAUGGCCGUGCUCGGUCGAGGUUCAAUGAAAGAUAGACAAAAGGAAGAAGAGCUUCGGAUGUCGGGUGAUCCAAAGUUUGCUCAUCUGUCUGAAGAGUUACACGUGGAGAUCAGUGCAUUUGCGACGCCCGCUGAGGCGCAUGCACGUAUUGCCUACGCGCUGGCUGAAUUAAGAAGAUUUUUAGUUCCGGAUUACAACGACGACAUUCGGCAGGAGCAAAUGUUGGAGAUGCAGAUUCUGUCAUCUCAGACUGACCAGCGCAGACUAACGCCAGAUUCGUGUAGGACCAAUAGCGAGGAAACUCUGCAGACACAAGAUCCGGUUCACAAACAAAGAGUGCCAGUAGCAGUGAACCAACAACCUCUGCCCACCACGGUUCCAGUGAACCACUCAACGCCUCGAGACUUCUCGCCACCAGCUCUUACACCUGCGCCUGAACAUUUGCCACACCAUCAGAUACCGAGUGGGCCUCCCAACCACAGCGUGUUGGUCGGCGGAGGCGUUCUACAACAACCAGCACAUGUACUUACACAAAAUACUCUACUCGGUGGAGGUGACAUUCUGGGCUUGAGCAGUCCAGUGCUUGGCGGGAUGCUGCAUGCUCAUCCAGCUCUUCGUGGUGUCAAACCCACAGCACUACAUGCGCUUGCCACGCAAGGUGUGGUGUCAGGUGGGGCGAACACACGUAAGCGUCCCAUGUUGGGCGGCCGCAACGCAAUGUCUCCGACCAAGCGUGCCGUUAUGACGUUACUGGCUCGCGCAAGGGCUGCCACACACAAAAACGCCGCCUGGCCACGCACACAACAACAAUCGAAUCUUCUACCUUUCAUAAGGGACGACCUGAUGGCCAGCGUUGGAGUCAAUAUCAAUUUAACAUAGUAUAAUUCUAGUCAAAAUUAAAUAAAUUACCCUAGUUUUAUUGUAACUGUAUAUAUACUUUCUACCAAAAAGCUUAAAUAACCGACCUAUAGAGCUCUACAAAGCGGAGGUCCAGCCACACAUGGAGUAUUGCUGUCAUCUCUGGUCUAGCGCACCCCAGUGUCAGCUUGAUCCGUUUGACCGCGUGCAACGCAGAGCAAGCAGCUUGAAUUGUCGGGGACCCAGUGAUCUGUGAAAGGCUGGAUCACUUGGUGUUACGUAGAUACGGCGCUUCAUUGCGUGUCUUCUACCGCAUUUCCACGGGGAGUGUUCCGAAGAGCUGUUUCACCCAAUUCCUGACGCCGAAUUCCACCUUCGCAUGACACGCCAUAUAUUAGAAUAUCAUCCCCACCAUCUGGAUGUGUGCCGGUCCUCCACAAUGCGGUUUUCAAGGAGCUUUCUUCCACCUACUACAAAGCUGUGGAAUGAGCUUCCUUGUGCGGUGUUUCCGUAAACGCGCGUAAACCUUCCUUAAAGGUCGGCAACGCUCCUGUGAUUCCUCUGUUGUUGCAAGAGAAUGUGUGUGGCAAUGAUCACUUAACACCAGGUGUACAGUGUAGGUGUUUACCCCCUACACUCGUUUGUCCUCCUUUUCCAUAAAAAAAAGUUUUAUUUCUUUAAUGAGAAAAUCGAUGGUUUGUCGAAUUUUCUGUUACGACCUCCCGAAUUAAUUUUAGAUAAAUUAGAACUGAACUAUUUCACUUGCACGUAAAUAGUGUUACUAGCAUGAAAACGUUUGGAAGACUUCAGAACACUGAAUAUAAUUAAAUAUUUUUGGUAGUAUUUCGAUUAAAGUUUACUUAAUGAAUCCUUUAUUAAUAUCUAUCUAUCAUGUAAAAUUCUGAAGCGGUUCAUAUAAAGCAAUUUGACCGUCAAUGAAUUCUUAACAUUUCUUCUCGUUUAGCAACUUCAUGAAGCAAUCAUUGCAUGAUUAGUAUCAUUAGUAUUCUUGUGUACCAAUUUUGAACUACAACGGCUUAAUUCAAUUUGCCUCAAACGGCUUAGUAUUUGCGUACUGUCAACGAUCUAUUCAAAUAGCAUUGGCCAGUUCGAGGCAAACACACCGCUGCAAACACUUUGACUCAUGUGGCCAGCCACUGCCAAUCCAUACAAUAUGUAGGUAUAUUAUUCACCAGUUUUAAUGAAUAUUUGAACGUUUAUAGAGCGAUAAUUAACCAUAACGACACAAAACAAAAACAUGCUCUCUAUAAUGUUUAUUUAAGCUCUUUGGUAAAUUAUAUUAGAUUAAGUAGUAAUAUUAAAUAUUGUUUAAGUGGCGACUUUGCCUCUUGCUCACAAAAUAUUGCCAUAAUUCUCACGUGUAAUACUUACAUUAAUAAUUAUCUGUGUUUCUAAUAAUUUAGGAAAUUAGAAAAGUAAUUUUUUUCUUGUAGAAUUGACACUACUAAAUCUUUAACACGUGCUUAUAAAACAAUAAGGUUAAAUAAUAGUAGAAUAUAUUUUUUAAUAUAAUUUAUUACUUUAGAAUUAUGUCUAUGCCUACUUUUUUGAUGUUAUUUUUAUAUUGAGCGAGAUGCUAACUUAAUUUAACAAUUAAAGUGGAAUAAUUUCUGACAAAUUCAAAUAAUUGAAAAUCAACGCCAUUGUCAAGAGCAAAUUGCAUACAAAAAUCCGCUCCGUUUAUUUGGUUUUUUCUAUGAACUAUGACGUCACUGUUCGUGAGGACCAAGCGCGCCAAAGCAGGCGUUUAAAGUAAAGGUACACGUCGAUUAGGUAGUCACUAUUUUAAAAAAUAUUUUUUACUUUUUGGCCUUUAAUAAUACUAAUAUAGCGAUGCAUUGUAUUUAUAUCUAUCGGAUAAUAAUAUGCAUAUUCACUAUUGUCAUCAUUGUAUCUGGUGGACUAUCAUAGUACUUACAUGAAUGAUUGACCGGGGUCAUAUCGCAUAAACUACGUCUUUUGUGAUUUUGUUAUGCGUUAAGAAUUUCAUUAUUUAUUAUAAUGUCACAAUUGUGACAAAUAAUACCGCUAAAAAAGGUGAUAUUAAUACUUACUUAUCCUUCAUAACUUUUAUUUCAAAUUGUAUUACAUUGAAGAGCUUUUAUGUAAGUUACGUUGUGAAUAAGUAUUCUCAAAAGAAAUUUAAGAACUUUCGUUAGAUCUUGAGGCCUAAUUAUAAAAUCUAUGGACCAUAUCGAUGUUAAAGCAUUUAUGUUCUCAUUAAAUUAAAUAAAUAUUGUUAGUAUAAUAUCACGAUUAAUUAAAAAAAAAUUGAAAAUUUUGCUGAACUUCUUUGAUGUUCUAAAUAAAUAAAAUUAAUUUUAAUAUUAUUAUAGACGUGUGAAGCGCAUAGAAAUUGAAGUAAGAAGGUAAUAGAAAUAUUAAUAUGUUUUAUUGUUAGUUAUCAGGUACAUACAAUACAUUGCUGCGUUCGCUUUCAACGCUACGGAUGUUUAGGAACUUAUGCAGCAUUGGUGUGGAAAAUGACGGCAAUACAAAUAAAUUAGGGUUCUCAUAGUGAGAGACUUAAGUGACUAUGAAAUAUAGUAUUUUGAUUGGUAUAGUCGUAGGUUAUAGAAGAGUUUUCGCAAUGUUUAAGUUUGCCACUCCGAUUAAUACUAUAUCAAUACUUACUGCAACAUACCAUUGUUGCAUGUCCCCUGUCAGGCGACAUGUUUAACGCAGCUAUUUCAUUUCUUGUCAAUAACAUUCUAUACAUAUAGACAAAUCACGUGGUAUAAAAAAAUCGGUGUGGUGGUGGUCUUCUGGUGUUCGUCUCGGGACCCCCAACAGAAGUAUAAAUAACUUAAACUAAUCUAAGUUGAAUUAUGUAAUAUUAAAAAUCGUUCAACUUGAGAAAAUCUUGGGUUUUUUUAAAUUUUAUGUAUAUUAAUAAUAUGAUAAUGUACGAAAAGGUUAUUAGUAAAAUCUUUUAUUUAUUAUAAAAUAUAUUUUAUUAUUGGAUACAAUUAUUUUUGAAUUUUGUGUACAAUAUAAGUAUCAUUAUUUAAUCAUAUAAAAGUAACAAUUGGUUAUAGUGGGAGAAGAGAAGCCUGCCUAACGCUGCUGAAUGCGUGAGAGAAAGGGAAGCUAGACAGACUGACGCCGUAACGCGUUACGUUACGAAGCGGUUUACCCUCCCAUGAGAAGUUAUCACUUCAAGAAAGCCGAAAUAUGGAAAACGCCACAUAUUACACCAUAAUAAGACUUGACUUCUUUAACUAUAACAUUGCCGCAUUUACUCCAGUUGCUAAAAUCAUACCUGGUCAAUAAGCAGCAAUGUAACAUUCAGUUCAGGAAGUAGUGUAGUAGUAGUAAUGUGAAAACAUUAAUGUGUUUCGGUCUGAAGGGCGCCGUAGCUAUUAAAAUUAAUGGGCAUAUGAGACUUGACAACUUAUGUCUCAAGGUGAUGAGAAUAUUUGUGUUUUUCAAGAAUCCUUGAGUGGCACUGCAUUGUAAAGGGCAAGGCCUAUCAAUUACCAUCAGCUGAACUUCCUGCUCGUCUCGUCCCUUAUUUUCAUUUAAAAAAAAGGUUUGUACGUACCUAUGUUGAAUUUAAAACCCAACUCGGACAGUGACAGUUGACAGUUUGUAAGCUGUCUUAAAGUACACUUUUGCCGUUCCGCUACCAGAUUGCGAAUAAUAUGUCCUUAAUCAUAUGUAUUAUUUCUUCUAGUACAUUCUUAUUAAUAUUUCUAUGUGUAUAGUGGUACUUUAAAAGUGAAAUUAAGAUUUCCACAUAUAAAUUCUUCAAUAUUUCAACGACAAAAAAAAACUGUUAUGUAAUGUACCAUUUAUUAAACCAACUUGACAUGUAACGUUUCAAAAUAUUAAAAUUUUAUUAAAAUCAUAGUAGUUAGUUUAAUCUAUGUUUAACUAUUUAAUUAUGAAUGCAGACAAAGUCGCAUAUAGAUAUAAAAUUGUAAAGUAUUGAACUUAUACAUAAUUAUAGUACCAACUUAUAAAUAAUAAAGUUUUAGUAUUGUUUUAA